ACCCUCCUCCUCUUCCGGCAGAGCCAUUGGGGAAGUCAGCAGCUGCCGUGGUUCUUCGUGGGCCCUGAGGUAAGUUAAGGUUUGAGCGCCUCGUAGGGUCAGGACGCUGUUCGCUAGAUUUCUACUUUUGUCUCCUCUUAUUUCCCGUCUGGCGAUGGCGACGGCGACGUACACCUGCAUCACCUGCCGGGUGGCGUUCGACGACGCGGAGAUGCAGCGGGCCCACUACAAGACGGAUUGGCACCGCUACAACCUGAAGCGAAAGGUGGCGGACAUGGCCCCGGUCACCGCCGAGGGCUUCCAGGAGCGCGUGCGGGCGCAGCGGGCCGUGGCGGAGCAGGAGAGCAAGGGCACGGCCACCUACUGCACUGUGUGCAGUAAGAAGUUUGCGUGUUUCAAUGCCUACGAGAACCACCUCAAGUCCCGGCGGCAUGUGGAGCUGGAGAAGAAGGCGGUGAAUCGGGAGGUGGAGAUGAUGAAUGAAAAGAACUUGGAGAAGGGGCUGGGCGUGGACAGCGUGGACAAGGAUGCCGUGAACGCGGCCAUCCAGCAGGCCAUCAAGGCCCAGCCGUCUCCCAAGAAGGCCCCCCCAGCGCCUCAGAACGAGGCCGGGAGUCCCGCGGCGGCGGCGGCGGAGGGAGGACGUGUGACCGACGACCGAGACGCGGCCGAGAAACCUCCCCGGCUGCAGUGGUUUGAACAGCAGGCGAGGAAGCUGGCGAAGCAGCAGGGCGAGGAGGACGGGGGCGAGGCGGAGGGCCUGGACGGAGACGAUUGGGAAGAUAUUGAUUCUGAUGAAGAAUUGGACUGUGAGGAUGCUGAAUCGCUGGACGAGUUGGAGCAGGAAGCAGAGGAGGAAGACGCUGGGGGACGCGCCCCCCUUGGUGCCAUCCCUAUCACGGACUGCUUAUUUUGUCCCCAUCAUUCAAGCUGUCUUAUGAAGAAUGUGGCUCAUAUGACUAAAAUCCACAGCUUCUUUAUUCCUGAUAUAGAAUAUCUUUCGGACCUUAAAGGACUGAUUCGGUAUUUGGGAGAGAAAGUUGGUGUUGGGAAGAUUUGCUUGUGGUGCAACGAGAAGGGAAAAUCGUUCUACUCCACAGAAGCUGUACAGGCGCACAUGAAUGACAAAAGCCACUGUAAGCUCCUCACAGAGGGUGAUGCUGCUUUGGAAUUCGCAGACUUCUAUGAUUUUAGGAGUAGCUACCCAGAUCACAAAGAUGGGGAGGAGCCCCCUGAGACUGACGAGUUGUCCUCUGACAAGACCUUGGAAUAUGAUGACGAAACCAUGGAGCUGAUUCUGCCUUCUGGUGCCAGAGUGGGUCAUCGCUCCUUGAUGAGAUACUAUAAACAGCGAUUUGGCUUGUCAAGAGCUGUGGCAGUUGCCAAGAAUCAGAAGGCCGUGGGCCGCGUACUCCAGCAGUACAGAGCCCUGGGAUGGACUGGCAGCACAGGGGCAGCUCUCAGGAGCCAGCGGGACAUGCAGUAUGUCCAGAGGAUGAAGUCCAAGUGGAUGCUGAAGACAGGCAUGAAGAACAACGCCACCAAGCAGAUGCACUUCAGGGCCCAGGUGAUGUUCUGAGUGUCUGCUGCUCACGAGUCGUCAUCUCCUUCACGUGUGUCCUUACUGGAGCACUAGCGGAAGCCAAAUUCUACGACCAAGCCUUAUUGCUGCUAUGUCUCCCUAUACUUCAUCUGUUCUGACCUGAUAAUAAAAGGCAGAGUCAUA